AACAAUCGAAUUCGAAGUCAUCAUUAGACCGGUUUGGCUGCCGCUUCUCUACAAAAUUCUUCAGCUUACGUGAACAAAGAAACAGAGGUAUGGCGAAGCCAAGCAAAGAGCCUUGCAAGAAAGAGGCUUGCGAUAUCCAAGCUUGUCUUUCCAAGAACAAUUUCCUUCCUCAAAGGUGCCGAAAAGUGAUCGAACUGCUUCAAUCUUGCUGCGAGAAAUGCAAUUACGAUUCCACCCAUUGUGCUUCUGUGUCUGCUCUCCUAAAGCAAAUAGCCAAGUGAUAUUGAUGGACCUCUGCUCACACUGAAUGCCUAUUCGAUUCGUCUGUUUGCUCGACUUUUGUUUACGCAACUUGCAUAAAAUCAAUUGUCAUAGUUCAUAGGACUGUUCCUGUUACUUUGGAAAUUGGUAUUUUCUAUUGACUACAAUAGGUUUAAGGUUCCGGAGGGGGCACUUCACUUUCCCAAACUGAUCUACAUCAGCAUCCUGGCACGCUAUAUUUGCAACUGGCCUUGAUAUUCAAGCGAUAGCUUUCGUCUAACAACUGUGUGAUAGAUGCCUUAAUUUCUUUCAAAAGAGAUUAUGAUUGUAUUUGAUUUGUCCAGUCUUCUUUUUUGCAAAUGGUUGUUGCUUCAUUGAGAGUAAUAUUCCUUCUUAUAUUCUAGGUAAAUGUAUGAUUCUCUUA